GGAUAUUAGUAAAACCUUUCGUAGUAAACUUCCUUUUCCGGUUUAUCCUCCAUGAACACGGCCGUAUUGUAAAUAUAGGCCGACAAAUCUGUCUUGAUCAAGACUUUUGGAACGGUAGCAAGUAAAUAUGGCAGAGCAGAUGACUCUGAGAGGGACCCUUCAGGGUCACGGAGGAUGGGUAACCCAGAUUGCCACGACUCCUCAGUAUCCAGACAUGGUUUUGUCGGCAUCUAGAGAUAAAACCCUUAUUAUGUGGAAAUUGACAAGGGAUGAUGCUAACUAUGGACUUCCACUUCGGUGCUUGAAAGGACAUGGUCACUUUGUGUCUGAUGUUGUCAUGUCAUCAGAUGGUCAGUUCGCCUUGUCAGGCUCAUGGGAUAGGACAUUGAGACUGUGGGACUUGAGUGCAGGAACUACCACUCGUCUUUUCUGUGAUCACGAGAAAGAUGUUAUGAGUGUGGCGUUCUCUGCUGAUAACAGACAGAUUGUGUCAGGAUCCAGGGAUAAGAGCAUCAAACUGUGGAACACUCUUGGAGUCUGUAAAUACACAAUCCAGGAUGAAGGUCACUCUGACUGGGCAUCAUGUGUCAGAUUCUCACCAAACACAGCCAAUCCAAUCAUUGUGUCGUGUGGAUGGGAUAAAAUGGUCAAGGUGUGGAACUUGACUAACUGCAAACUAAAGACCAACCACAUCGGACACACCGGUUACCUGAACUGUGUCACAGUGUCCCCUGAUGGCUCUCUGUGUGCCUCUGGUGGCAAGGAUGGACAAGCCAUGUUGUGGGAUCUGAACGAAGGCAAGCACUUGUACACAUUGGAUGGAGGCGAUGUCAUCAAUUCACUGUGCUUCAGCCCCAACAGAUACUGGCUGUGUGCUGCCACAGGACCUAGCAUCAAAAUUUGGGAUCUUGAAGGCAAGAUUGUAGUAGAUGAACUGAGACAAGAGGUCCUCUCCACCAAUUCUAAGGCCCAGGCUCCACAGUGUAUUUCUCUCGCUUGGUCCGCUGACGGACAGACUCUGUUUGCUGGCUACACUGACAACCUUAUCCGUGUCUGGCAAGUUUCCAUGGCAGCCAGAUGAAAUGCCAUUUUAGUGUAAUGACUGAGGACGUUAUUAAAAGGAGUGGCUCUUAAAAAGUGAAUAAAUCUCGGAGUUCAA